AUGAACACCUUACUUUAUGGUAUUUAUUUGUACCUUCAUUCCAUUUUUUUUAUUACAUAUCAAUAAUACGGGACAAAUAAUACAUUCGAUCUCAAUAGGCAUGCAGUAAUUCCACCCAAAAAAAAGGAGGAAAUAAUAUUAUAAAUAUAAUAAUACUUUCAUUGUGAGGAGUUUUCUUUUUCUUUCUUAUUUUAAUUUUCCAUGAAAAGCCAAAUGGCAGGACAUAACAGACCAAAAAAAAAGCAUUAGGGAGUAGAAUUUGAAAUGCAGUUUAAUUAGUUGGGAAACGUGGAGGCAAACAGAGAGACGCGCCAAUAUCUGACCCUAAUUCCUUUUGAGCUGCAAACUUCCCUAAACAUCUGACUCGCUGCUCACUUCCCUCUCCUUUCGCUCUCUCUCUCUCUCUCUCUCUUCACACCGACAUCCAUUCUUGAUCUGCAUUUUCUUGAUGGGUCAAUUUUCAUGAUCCAAUUCUGCAUAUUCCUCAUUGAAACCAACCAUAUAUGGAUCUUAUUCUAAAAAAUCUGCAAUGUGGAUUGUGAUUAUGUUAUGUGUUUUAAAUUGUUGAAUUCUUGAUUACAUUUGAUUUGGUUUCUUGCAUCGUGUUUCUUGAAUUUCUUGGUUUGUUUUUUGGAGGCAAAUCUUGAGAAGAUUUAUGAAUAAAAAAGAAGAAAAAGAAGGUUGAUGAGAGGCCAAAUCAAAGUAGAAAAAAACAUAUGCAUCUAUGAAGACUUGGGCAUUGAAGUCGCUGCCGCACCACCUGAUGCAGUUAUUAUCGGUUGAGCUUCUUCUUCUGCAAAUAUUUCAGAUGGAAUGGCAGAUCCUGUUAUUUAUGGCAAUUCUGACCGUGACAUCGAACAAGCACUUGUUACUUUGAAAAAAGGCACGCAGUUAAUUAAGUACAGCCGGAAAGGAAAACCCAAGUUUCGCGCAUUCAGACUUUCUCCAGAUGAAACAACAUUGAUAUGGUUAUCACGUGGAGAAGAAAAGAUUCUGAAUUUAUCUUCUGUCUCACGGAUUAUCCCAGGACAGAGAACUGCUGUAUUUAGAAGAUUCUUACGCCCUGAAAAGGAUUACUUGUCGUUUUCACUUCUAUAUAACAACGGUGAAAGAACUCUUGAUCUGAUCUGUAAGGACAAGGUUGAGGCGGAGGUGUGGCUUGCGGGCCUUAAGGCAUUGAUUGGAAGGAAUCGUGGUAGACGUACAAGGAGUGAUAUUUCUGAUCUAACUGACGGUGGAGAUUUUUUGCAAAAUGGCCGUAUCUCUGGUGCAACACUAGACUUAUCUUCAAGUAUUAAUCGUGGGAGAGUGUCUAUUGAUUUAGGUCCUCGUGAUACUUCUUUGAAUUCAGCAAGCUCAGAUGCAGCGUCAGAACGUGCAAAUAUGCAACUAAGAACAAGUGGUGGAGAUGGUUUCCGGAUUAGUGUUUCAAGCACUCCUAGCUGUUCAAGUGGUGGAUCAGGUCCAGAUGACAUUGAAUCAUUAGGUGAUGUUUAUUUAUGGGGAGAAGUUUGGAGUGAUGCCGUUUUCCCUGAUGGGUCCAUGAGCUCAGUUCCUAUAAAGAAUGAUGUGCUGACUCCUAAACCCCUAGAAUCUAACGUAGUUCUUGAUGUACAGCAGAUUGCUUGUGGGGUGCGUCAUGUUGCUCUUGUAACAAGGCAAGGUGAGGUUUUUACCUGGGGAGAGGAAUCUGGGGGGAGACUUGGACAUGGAUUUGAAACAGACUUCAGUUGCCCACGGCUUGUCGAGUUUCUUGCAGUUACCAAUGUGGAUUUUGUUGCUUGUGGUGAGUAUCAUACCUGUGCUGUGACUACAUCUGGUGACUUGUACACUUGGGGUGAUGGUACACGGAAUGCUGGACUCCUUGGCCAGGGCACUGAUGUUAGCCACUGGAUACCGAAAAGGGUUUCUGGACCUCUAGAAGGACUUCAGGUUUUCUCUAUUGCCUGUGGCACAUGGCAUUCAGCUUUGGCAACUUCAAAUGGAAAAUUAUUUACCUUCGGGGAUGGAGCUUUUGGCGUUUUGGGCCACGGAGACAGAGAAAGCUUGUCAUUUCCAAAAGAGGUGCAGUUAUUGAGUGGACUAAAGACUAUAAAGGUUGCAUGUGGUGUCUGGCAUACUGCUGCCAUUGUAGAGGUUAUGAGCCAGUCGGGGGCAAAUGUUUCCUCAAGGAAGCUGUUUACUUGGGGUGAUGGCGACAAAAACCGUUUAGGUCAUGGAAGUAAGGACACCUACUUGCUUCCUACUUGUGUCUCCAGCCUUAUUGACUACAACUUCCACCAGAUAGCAUGUGGCCAAACAUUGACUGUUGCCCUUACAACCUCAGGUCAUGUGUUUACUAUGGGUGGAACUGCACAUGGUCAGCUAGGCAAUCCAGCCUCUGAUGGAAAAAUGCCAACCUUAGUACAAGACAGUUUGGUUGGUGAAUUUGUUGAAGAAGUCUCUUGUGGUGCACACCAUGUUGCUGUGCUUACGUCAAGAAGUGAAUUGUACACUUGGGGUAAGGGUGCCAAUGGACGACUGGGGCAUGGAGACACAGAAGAUCGAAGAACUCCAACUUUAGUUGAAGCAUUGAAAGAUAGGCAUGUUAAAAAUAUAUCAUGUGGCUCAAAUUUUACCACCAGUAUAUGCAUCCACAAGUGGGUUUCUGGAGCAGACCAAUCAGUUUGCUCUGGCUGCCGGCAAGCAUUUGGUUUUACUAGAAAGAGGCAUAACUGUUAUAAUUGUGGUCUGGUGCAUUGCCAUGCUUGCAGUUCCAAAAAAGCUCUGAAAGCAGCAUUGGCUCCUACUCCUGGCAAACCUCAUCGCGUCUGCGAUGCUUGCUAUGCAAAACUUAAGACUUCUGAUACUGGUAAUUAUAACAUCAAUAGGAAAGCUACCACCCCACGCCGCUCAAUAGAUAUCAGGGAGAAAAUGGACAGGGGAGAGGCCAAUACUUCAAGAACUUUAUUUUCUCCUUCUACAGAACCUAUAAAAUAUCUUGAAAUCAAGUCAGUGAGACCUGGAAUGAGAUCUGAGGCUCCUUCUAUUGUCCGAGCUUCCCAAGUUCCAAAUCUCUUACAGCUAAAAGAUAUUGCUUUUCCAAGUUCACUUAGUGCUAUUCAAAAUGCUUGGAAGCCUGUUUCAUCACCAGUAUCUCUGUCUCCUCUGAACUCACCUCAGCCUAUGGGCAAUUCAAGACCUGCUUCGCCAUACUCAAGGAGACCAAGCCCUCCACGUAUUUCCAGUCCUGGAUUUUCUAGAAGUGUCAUUGAUAGCCUGAAGAAGACCAAUGAGAUUCUGAAGAAUGACAUGACAAAAGUGCAAAACCAAAUGAAGACUUUCAAGCAAAAGUGUGAUGCUCAAGAGACAGAAAUCCAAAAACUACAGAAAGAAGCCAACGAAACUGCUUUAUCGGCUAAAAGAGAAGCAUCAAAGUGUAGAGUAGCCAAGGAACUUGUGAAAUCCCUGGCAGAACAGCUAAAAGAAAUGACAGUGCAAUUGCCUCCUGAUAUUCAAGAUAGCGAAACCUUCAAAGCUAUGAAUGGUCAAAUCGAGACUUUUCUGCACAUAUAUGAAACAUCUGAAAGUUCUUCCGUGGCAGAAAGCUUAAUGUCAGGCCAAAAACAUGCAUCUGAUACAACUUCAAAUAUGCAAGAGAAUAGGAUUGAAUAUCAAGCUACUGACUUAUCUCAUGAUGGAAGUGUUCCUCAGGACAGCCAUAGAUUAUCUGUUUCUAGUAAUCCAGAGACUGUACCCCAUCAUAACUCAUCGGAACAUGAGUCCCGAUCACACGACGCUUCAACCUCAAAAAAGGAAGGAGAAAGUAUUGAACAAUUUGAACCUGGGGUGUACGUAACUUUCGUCCAACGUUCCAAUGGAGUAAAGAUCUUCAAACGCGUAAAAUUCAGUAAACGAAGGUUUCAGGAGCAACAGGCAGAAGUAUGGUGGAAAGAAAACAAAGAUAGGCUGCUCAGAAGGUACAGUCCACCAAUAGUAAAUGUUGCUGCUUCAAUUGGAUCAUCCUCUACUCCAGCCUCACCCUCUGCCGCGUCCGCAGCCGCUGUACCAUCAUCUACAGCCCCAGCUGAGGAAACAAAUGAGGGAGGACCAUCAUCUGAAACUUAGUACAUCAUGAUAAUCUAGCAAAUUAGUCUGUUGCAACAAUCAAUGCAGAAAGCUGAUGUAGAAUCAGGAAGUGGCUAGCUCAUUAACGGAAAAGAAAUUAUUAGAUGAUGAUCUUCUUCCCCUCGCCACCAGGAUUCUAGCUCAAACAUCAUAUUGCAACUGUGAAUGUUAAAGAAGGAUAUGUGAUUCAGAAGGCAGAAAAAGAAAAAACAAUCCUCUGUUUCUUAUUUAUUUUCAUUCACCCAUUAAUUAUUUGUUUAUUGCGACGAGACAAAUGUGAUGUACAGUAGACAAACUUUGUUAGGACAUUAUAAACCUCUCCAUUAUUCUAUAGAUUUUAUCAUUUCUUUUUUUAA